CCCCAGACAGACACACAGACAGUCAGAGAGCUGGGGAGGAGGAGGAAGCGGCUGUUGAUGCAGCUCCACACCUUUCCGGUGUAGCAGCAGCAGCACUGCGACCAGCUCCACUUUGAGGAGAAAGACGAGAGCUGGGUGUAUUUAUCCAGACAGGAGGGGCGAGACUUUCAUGAGUGGACACGUGUGUUGCUGAGUCACGGAGAUUUUUUUUUGAAGUCGUCCCGUUGCAGCUCGGUGAAGUUUCCCGGCGCGACGUUUGAUGGAGUAGCCGCUGAAAACUGCUUCUUUUCUGCCCCUGGUAGCGGUGAAGAGAACAAGGGCGCACCCGGCGAGGAGGACCUCCAGACACGGGCGGAAUUCACAAGUACUCGCCGCUUUUUGGGGCCUCGUAUUCCCACAGCGUCGGCUCUCUGCGGUCCUUGAUAAUAACACAUUUAUGUAGAUUUGGACAAUACAAUGAACGCCCUGCUACCGCUGCUGCCAAGUUCCUAGUGUGACCGUGCCAUGCUGUGUACAGGCCCGGAAGACAUUGUAUUACCCUGAACAUAAAUGUCCGAGCACUUAUCAGGAUCUUGACAGACUUCCCGGCGAAAAAUCCCUGUGAUGCUCAGCACACAAUAAAACUGAAACUGCAUUGUAAGUGAAUAAUCACCGACUCGGUAUCAGAAACUUUUCUCGUUAGGAACAAAGUAUUUAUGCACAAUAGUUCAAAAUGGGGAAAAUGCUCUCGAAAAUAUUUGGCAACAAGGAGAUGAGAAUAUUGAUGCUCGGACUCGAUGCUGCUGGAAAGACAACAAUCCUUUACAAACUGAAACUCGGACAGUCUGUGACCACAAUCCCCACAGUCGGCUUCAACGUGGAAACUGUCACCUACAAAAAUGUCAAGUUCAACGUGUGGGAUGUUGGAGGCCAGGAUAAGAUCCGCCCUCUGUGGCGGCACUACUACACGGGCACCCAGGGGUUAAUUUUCGUGGUGGAUUGCGCGGACAGGGAUCGCAUCGACGAGGCGAGGCAGGAACUUCACCGCAUCAUUAAUGACCGUGAGAUGAGGGAUGCCAUCAUCUUGAUAUUCGCCAAUAAGCAAGAUCUUCCGGAUGCCAUGAAGCCACAUGAAAUCCAGGAGAAGCUCGGAUUGACCCGCAUCCGAGAUAGGAAUUGGUAUGUUCAGCCCUCCUGUGCGACCACAGGUGAUGGACUGUAUGAGGGCUUGACAUGGCUAACCUCAAAUUACAAAUCUUAAUGAUUGAGUGCUGACUGUUUUAGGUCAAAACUAUAAUAAAAGUUGCAAGUAACAAGUAACUUUGCAAAAAUGAAUAUGGUUAAGAAAAGUUGAUUAUCUCCCAUUUAUUUUUUAAUACUACGUUUACCCCAUAACUAAUUUAUCUUUAACUGGGUUUGCCGGCUUAAAGUUUGCUUGUACUCUGUAGCAGGCCUAUAUCACAUUUAUUAUUUUGGGGGCUUUUUUGAUGAACAUUGACUUAAUUGGUCCUAAGGUUAAAGCCGCAGAGAUCACCGCCUUUGCCUGUUCUUUUAUUUCCUGUUUUAUAUAAUUUUUCUAAUGAAGCUUUUUAACCUUCAUUGUUGGACUGAAGCUAGAUUCAAGGUUCUUCGGUCUCGCUUGCAUCGAACUUGGAUCUCUUUUCCUUCUGAAGCGAGCUCUUUAAUGUCAUGUAGCCUACAUGAAGGACUUAAAAAAAAGUGUCUGAACACAGUACUGUGAUGAAAAGUAUUUCUUCUCAGUGGUAUUGAGAAAAGGGGUGGGGGGGGGAUGAAGCAAGAAAAAAAAUCACCAUUGAUUACAUUUCACUGUCAUUAGUCUGGACAUCAGAAACAAAAUACUUCUGACAUGUUUUGUUACCCCUCCAGUACCCUUAUGUGGGCUAUAUAGUUACCUAAUCCACCUUUUGUGUCAUGUCUUGAUACCUAAUUGUGCUAAAUAUUCAACAAAUAGGCCUCCAGUAACUCUUGCUUGUUGGGAUGCAUUUUUAAUUUUGGGUAAUACGUAGUCCGUUGACUCAAUCUCUCCAAAGGAAUGUCAUUCAGCUCUGAGAUCUCAAUCUGAUACCACAGUUGAUUAGUCUCAGUAUUCGGGACAUUAUAUGAUAGCCUAUAUCUGUAGCAUGAGUACGAAAGUACAUUAAACCCUACAUCAGAGACCAUCUGUCGUGCAGUCAGAGGGAGCUGUUUACAGGUGAAAUGUUGAACGACAUCCUGUGGUGCAGCUCUUACUCCUCUUUUGACUGGGGGAACCAUGUACAGAACAAUGUCAUUGUAAUGUCUUAUUAAAAAAGUGAUUUUAAAUCUU